AUGGAGGUACCUCCUCCCGCAAACGCCGGGUCUGCAGCGCUCCUCCGAGUGCUCACUCAUGCGCUGGAAGAGUGCCAGCAGCAGAACGCGGCUCUGCGACGCAAGAAUGCGGAAAACGAGGCGCGGCAAGCGGAGGUGCAAGAGCGUGAGCGGGUGGUAGAGGAGCGCGAGCGGGAGUUUGACGAGCAUGUGCUGGAGUUCAAACAGCGCGCCGAGGGGAUUCGGGCGGAAAUGGAGAUGCUGACGGGGGAACGCGACGUGUUGGCGCAGGCGCGGGACGAAGCACUCAAAGUGCGCGAUCAGGCACUCCAGGCCGUCUACCAGCGGGAUUCUGACGUUACUGCGGUCAACGACGCGUUUUACACCUUGCUCCUCGAACAUGAGGACCUCAAGAAGGUGCGCGGCGGUCGACGGGAGAUUAGCCGAACGGGACCGUGUGUGGCAACAGCGCUACGAUGGCGUGGAACUGCAGUUGCAGGCCGAGGCGCGUCCAUUAGACUUCGCGCUGAAGCGGCGGAACAUGCGAAUCGGGAAGCUCAGAGUAAACUUGACAUCGCAGUCAAGGAACUAGCAGCUGCGAAGGCAUCGUUGGAGGGCUUCAAGCUGGAGAGCAAAGAUGCUGGACCGCAGUCCCACUGGCACUCCCGAAACGUCGAUGAACCGAGUAUUCCCCAAGCCAUCGUGCGCGACAAUGACCGCCGAAACCCUGUUCCGCCCGCUUCCUCUAUCGUCCAACCAACCGGUAAUCAUGGUGUACCGCCCUUGCCUCAAGCGUUGCGCCCUCAGGCUAUCAAACAAGAGUGCCUCCCGCGCGACCUACUUGGAGAGCUCGCUUCUGAAAAUCCAGCACCGUAUGUCGCGAAGCCCGAAGUCCACGCCGCCGUCGUAGAGACUGAUCACACAUCUAUGCCACGACCGGGAGAGCCAGAGCUCCCCUCCAUCGCUUUUAUCUCGGAACCCAACGACCAAGAUGAUAUGGAUAUGAAGGUUGCUUUUCCGCCGACACGUUAUGUGGGUUGCGCGCUGAUAAAAUAUUGCAAGAGCGAAACUAUGUCAAUAUCUCCCCCCGCCGGAAGACUUGGUAAGGUUUCCAUUCUUCCGAACUCGAUGGAUCAUCCGCUUCUCUGCCAGAUCGAUAUGCUGCGAGAUUCGCCUGUGCGAGACUAUGCGCCGCUGGCAAUGCCGGUAGCCACAGCUUCGGCGCCACUGGUAUUAGUCAACAAGAUCGGAAGACACCUUGCUGUGGGUCUGCCGAACAAGCCCCUACCAAUGGACACUGCGGAACAGAGUUCGGUUCGUGGUGCCUCGUCGUCACAAGCCCAAAUUCUUCGGACGCCGGUGGAUUUGCCGAACAGGCCUGCAACGUUGCCAGUCAACAAGCUUCAGAAGCCACCGGGUCUACCAAACAAGCCUCUACCACCGACGCAGCACCGUGUAGCGCCUUCCACAACCCCCACAGUCGAGCGCAAGAUGUAUCUCGAAUUUAUGGCACCAUUUCUCCGUCCGACUACGCGGCAGCCGUUCAACAAAAACAUCGCUCCCGUAGCAGGUAAUAAUUACCAGACCAUGACUAUGUUGCGCUCCCUCGUCAGUCCUCAUUUGCACCUUGGGGUAUUGCUUACUCUCUGUGAUCCUCAGGAAAAGCGAACCUGCAGACCACAGCUGUACCUGCCGCAUCGCACGCAGUGGUGCACCGCCGAGAAGCUACACGCGCUUUGUUUCGCGCCGACGAUGGUGUACGACCAGGCGACGGGAGAUUGGUCGGCGGACACGUCGCUCAGGCGCUUGUGCGGGGAACGCGUAGACUUUUUCGUCCUUGAAAAGUCGGACUUGUACUAUGCGGGGAUCUACGUCGUCCACGAUAUGCGCGGCCUGCACCCGCCAGGGUCGGUGCUUCCUCGUGACAUCUCUUUCAAGGCGGUCAUGCGCGCCAUGGGGCUGGAGCGGCCACGGUCGGCAGGCGCCUACACCAACGAGUUGCUGACGGACAAGCUGCUGGAGGUGUACCCGGAUCGGCGGCCGCGGACAGAGUGCUUUGGACUGCAGUGUGUGGGUUUCGAUGCGGAGCUCUAUCAGAACUUGCGGGACAGGCUCGGCGGCCGAGGGCAAGGUCCAAUUGGGCAGGGACCGCCUCUAUCUGUUCAAGUAACGCGCGUGGCAUCGGCUGGCUAUGACCGCUCCCGAGACGAUGGCGAUGGAGGAGGGGGCAUGCCUGACGGACAGCGGGAGGCGAAGCGCCAGCGGAGAUAA